ACCAUCAAACCUUUCUUCUUCAAUUGUGUACUCUGCUUCUGCCAUACUUGCAGAAGCAGACCAACCCCUUUUUUUCUUUUUUUUUUCUUUUCCCCUAAUUUCUGCUCCAAUUUCCAACCACACACUUCAAACGCACGGAAAUGGAGCAGCUCUCCACAUCGGCGCUUUUCCCCGGAGCAUUCCCAACAGCCGGAGAUGGCAUUCCGGCUCUGCUCCUUUUUGUUUGGGACGUCGUUAGAGCACCAUUAAUAGCUCCUCUUCUUAGAGUUAUAAUGGUGAUCUGCUCUGCAUUGUCGAUAAUGCAGUUCGUAGAGAGGAUUUAUAUGGGUGUCGUGAUCGUUGCAGUGAAACUGCUUCGUCGAACACCUGAAAAACGAUAUAAAUGGGAACCCAUUAAAGAUGAUAGCGAGCUCGGAAACUCUGUUUACCCUAUGGUUCUUAUUCAAAUCCCCAUGUUUAAUGAAAAAGAGGUCUAUCAAAUGUCAAUCAGAGCUGCUUGUGGGCUUUCUUGGCCGUCCGAUCGAAUGGUUAUUCAAGUAUUAGAUGAUUCAACAAUCCCAGCAAUCAAGAAUAUGGUGGAGCUGGAAUGCAAGAAAUGGGCAAGCAAAGGAAUCAACAUAAAGUAUGAAGUAAGAGAUAAUCGUACAGGAUACAAAGCAGGAGCUUUGAAAGAAGGGAUGAAGCGAAGCUAUGCAAAAGAUUGUGAUUAUGUUGUAAUUUUUGAUGCUGACUUUCAACCUGAAUCUGAUUUUCUUCAUCGAUCUAUUCCUUUUCUCGUCCAUAAUCCUCAACUUGCCCUGAUUCAAGCUCGAUGGAUAUUUGUGAACUCUGAUGAGUGUAUGAUGACGAGACUUCAAGAAAUGUCGUUGGACUACCAUUUCACGGUCGAGCAAGAAGUUGGCUCCUCCACCCAUGCCUUCUUCGGCUUCAAUGGCACGGCAGGAGUCUGGAGAAUUGCCGCAAUCAAUGAGGCCGGAGGAUGGAAGGACCGAACCACGGUGGAGGACAUGGAUUUGGCCGUGCGAGCCAGUCUCAAGGGCUGGAAAUUCCUGUACCUCGGCGACCUUCAGGUUAAAAAUGAAUUGCCAAGCACUUUCAAGGCCUUUCGUUUCCAGCAGCACAGAUGGUCUUGUGGCCCUGCAAACCUUUUCAGGAAAAUGGUCUUGGAGAUAGCAAAAAAUAAGAAAGUGACGUUGUGGAAGAAGGUGUAUGUGAUUUAUAGCUUCUUCUUCGUUAGAAAGAUCAUAGCCCACAUCAACAACUUUCUUUUCUUCUGUAUUGCUUUGCCGGCAACUGUUGUGGUGCCUGAAGUCGCAAUUCCAAGAUGGGGAGGUGUAUAUAUUCCUACCGCAACUACAAUUAUUAAUGCGAUCGGGACUCCAAAGUCAUUCCACCUGACGAUUUUCUGGAUCAUGUUUGAAAAUGUAAUGUCAUUGCACAGAGCCAAAGCCACCCUCAUCGGCUUACUAGAGGGUAGUCGAGCAAACGAAUGGGUUGUCACUGAGAAGUUAGGAGAUAUUCUCAAGGGGAAAACAGCUUCAAAAGCAACCAAAAAACCAAUGUUCAGAAUUGGUGAGAGAAUUCAUAUAACUGAACUUGGGGUUGGAGCCUAUCUUUUCUUUUGUGGAUGCUAUAAUAUGCUCUAUGGGGAGAACUAUUUCUUCGUUUUCCUUCUUGUCCAGGCAAUUUCAUUUUUCAUCGUCGGAUUUGGGUAUGUUGGUACCAUUGUACCCAGCUAGGUAUCUAAACCAUGAUGUAGAUUUUAGUCCUUGUUUUAGCAAAGUUUUCCUGGAAGCUCUCUUGGUCAACAAAAGCAAACGUGGAAGCAAAAAGGCUGAAAGGAAGCUAGCUUGUGAAUAUAGAAGAAAAAGAAAGGAACAGAGAUUGCAAAAGAUGUAGAUUAGACUAUGGAUGCUUGACUCCGGGUGGAGCUGAAAUUUUCCUUUUCUUUUUUGGCUCUACUUGUACUUGUUAAGCGUUUCAUUUUCUUCCUAGUUGUUUGACAAGAAUGAAACCUUCAUCUCUUCACUGACCAAUUCUUCCCACCAAUGUAUGCACGGGUUCAAACUUUUGACCCAAUUUUGACAACUAUGAAUACAAGUACGCUUAGUUGCAAAUUCA